AUGAGGUGCAAGAACGACGCCCGCCUUUUUUAUGGUCAGUCUGCUGCUAUUCGGACGAAAGCAAUGUAUACUGGUGAUUUCAUAGAACAACAACAGACAAUCAACUCUUUCACAAACAUCACGGGGAAUGAAAAGCAAACAGAAAACGCAACAAAACCUCUACUUAUUGGCGACAUUAUGAAAAUACGGAAGAACACAAAACAGAAAGGCAGAACCAAAAAUACACUACAAAACGGUACACAAGUAUUCAAUCUUUUCGCGCGGGGAAAUCCAUUCUCAAUUAUUGAGGAAAACAAGAAUGUGAAAUUGAUUCCACGACAGAAGACGUGUGCCGUUGUUGGUAACAGUGGAAUUCUUCUAAACAGCAGUUGUGGUGACGAGAUCAACUCCAACGACUUUGUCAUCCGGUGCAACAUUCCAGAAAUUGAAGGAUUCAGUCGUGACGUUGGCAACAAGACAAAUGUAACCAACAUUAAUCUAACCAGAGUUCAAGACAUUUAUAAGUAUGCAAAAGAAGACAGUGACUCUCCAUAUCUCAUUGACAACUUCCGGUAUCUAAAUAACACAAUACUUUGGACUCUUGGUUCGCAUCGAACAAGAAGACCUAAAAGGCUGGUAUAUUCCGUCAAAUACCUUAAGUCAAAAUUUGAUCUGAAUUUUCAAGUUGCUUACACGGAAGGUAAACAGAAUUAUACAGAGAUUCUAAGUGCAAUGAAAUUCAAAAAAUCUCCAACAGCAGGAAUGCUUACCAUUGGUGUCGCUGUAUGUCUCUGUGAUAAAGUCAGUGUAUAUGGAUUCUAUCCAUUUCCAGCUGGUCCCGAUGGCAGAUUUGUUCCCUAUCACUAUUUUGGAGAGUUUACAAAUAUUACAGCUGGGUCUUUCAAAACACGACAUGGUUACAAUCAAGAAUACUUGAUAUUGCAGAAGUGGCACCAGGAGGGACUUAUUAAUUUUGUAUCUGGUUCAUGCACAAAAGUGUGA